AUGAGCUGGAAGGAAGCUGCUCUGGUGACAGAUGUGAUACUGAGUUCUUGUGGACUCUCAGAGACUCACUGUGAAGUUGUGGCCUCAGCUCUGAAGUCCAACCCCUCCCACUUGACAGAGCUGGACAUGAGCUUUAACAACCUGCAGGAUUCAGGUGCAAAGCUGUCCGCCGGACUGAAGAGUCCAAACUGUCAACUUAGGAUUCUGAGACUUAAAGGCUGCAGCCUGUCAGAGGUGAGCUGUGCUGCUUUGACCUCUGCUUUAAAGACUAACCCCUCCCAUCUGGUAGAGCUGCACCUGAGUGGAAAUGAUCAGAAGGAAUCCGAUGUCAAGGGUCUGUGUGCUUAUCUGGAAAGCCCUCACUGUAAACUACAGACUCUGAGAUUAGAUUCAUGCAGUUUAUCAGAAACCAGCUGUGAUCAUCUGGUCUCAGCUCUGAAGUCCAACCCCUCCCAUCUGAGAGAGUUGGACCUGAACUAUAACAUGAACCUGCAGGACUCAGGAGUGAAGAUGCUGUGUGGAUUUCUGCAGAGUCCAGACUGUAAUCUGGAGACACUCAGUUUCAGUCUCUGCGGUUUGUCAGAGAUCAGCUGUGCAUAUCUAGCAUCAGCACUGACGUCCAACCCCUCCCAUCUGAAACAUCUGGAGCUGAGUAACAACAAUGUGCAGGAUGCAGGAGUGAAACAUCUGUGUGGGUUUCUGGAGCGUCCCUGCUGUACGCUGGAGAAACUGAGUUUAAGGAGCUGCAGCUUGUCGCACAUCAGCUGUACUUCUCUGGCUUCAGCUCUGAAGUCCAAACCCUCUCAUCUCAGAGAGCUGGACCUGAAGUACAACAACCUGAAGGAUUUAGACGUGAAGCAGCUGUCUGAUCUUGUGGAGACUCCAGACUUAAGAGUGGAGAGAUAAAGCUGGAUGUAGCUGACAGCCAGUAAGAUGCACAGAGAUACCUGCCCUCUUUUUGUCUCUCCGCAGCUUGGUUGGUUCUGAUUGGACCUCAUCUCUCCGCAACAUUAUUAUCUCAUUUUUAUACACACUGACAAAAGUAUCAGUACAUUUCAUCCUGGUUUGGUUUUUGUUAUCGUCUUGUUUUCAUCAUGGAAUAAAUGUUGUUACUUUUUACUGUUUGUUCGUUGUUAGAGUUUAAUUAGCAUCCCGGUCGUGUUGGCUGUGAACUCCAUGUUUUUGUAAAAAAAGAAAAUUCUUCUUUUUGUUUAAAUGAAGUUAUUAUUAUUGUCACUUUGUCUUCUGUGAGUUUUGUGCUUGUAGUUAGGGGGUGGGUUUAAAAAAAUCGAUUUUAGCUUGAA